UGAGCCUGAACCUGAGAGCCGGGAGAGCUUUCUCACCCACCCAGCUCGACAGCAAGGACACCUACAGGGGGACAAAAAUCCGACCGUCCCCCGCAGCCCCCGCGGCCCCACGGCAGGCUGCCUGGCGCUGUGCAGUUAGUGAUGGAAUAAACAGCACUUUCCUUUGGAUGGAUUACACUACAUGUGAACUGCCUGUUACUGCAAGAAUAAGAAAAGCCAUUUGCUUUCAUUUGUUAAAUAUCAGCUUGACAGCAAAAAGCUUCUGAAUGGUUCCCACUCACAGCAGACCAUCAAUUGAAUGGGAUCAGCACUUCUCCUACUGAAAUAUCUGAAGUUAAGGAUUUGGAAAAGAGGUUUUUGCAGAGAUGACCCAUUUACAGGCUGGACUUAGUCCAGAGACUAUAGAGAAAGCCCGCCUGGAACUGAAUGAAAACCCAGACAUUUUGCAUCAGGAUAUCCAGCAAGUCAGGGACAUGAUCAUCACAAGGCCUGACAUUGGGUUUUUACGUACAGAUGAUGCCUUCAUCUUGAGAUUUCUCCGAGCCAGAAAGUUUCACCAAACUGAGGCCUUCAGACUGCUGGCUCAGUACUUCCAGUACCGCCAGUUAAAUCUGGAUAUGUUCAAAAACUUCAAAGCUGAUGAUCCAGGAAUCAAACGGGCUCUGACAGAUGGGUUCCCAGGAGUACUGGAAAAUCGUGACCACUGUGGCAGGAAGAUUCUUCUGCUUUUUGCAGCCAACUGGGAUCAGAGUAGGAACUCCUUCAUAGAUAUCCUCCGGGCUAUCCUGCUGUCCUUGGAAGUGCUCAUUGAAGAUCAGGAGCUUCAGAUAAAUGGCUUCAUUCUAAUUAUAGAUUGGAGCAACUUCUCCUUCAAGCAAGCCUCCAAGCUUACGCCAUCUAUCCUCAAACUGGCAAUUGAAGGGCUACAGGACAGCUUUCCUGCCCGUUUUGGAGGAGUCCAUUUUGUCAACCAGCCCUGGUACAUCCAUGCCCUGUACACGUUAAUCAAGCCGUUCCUCAAAGACAAGACAAGGAAAAGGAUCUUUCUUCAUGGUAACAACCUGAACAGCCUUCACCAGCUAAUACACCCUGAAUGCCUGCCCUCUGAAUUUGGGGGCACUCUUCCUCCAUACGACAUGGGGACAUGGGCUCGAACGUUACUCGGUCCUGACUACAGUGAUGAAAACGAGUAUACUCACACCUCCUACAACGCCAUGCAUGUGAAGCAUGCGUCCUCCAACCUGGAGCGGGAGGCCUCGCCCAAACCCAUGAAAAGGUCCCAGUCUGUGGUGGAAGCUGGCACGCUGAAACAUGAAGACCAGGGAGAAAGCGAGAACACCCAACCGCUGCUGGCUCUGGACUGAGCUCCCAUGUGCUCAACAUGCACGUAUACAUCAACAGACUUCCACCAUACCAGGAACCCACAGAGCACACAACACACAUACUCAUGCCCGUGUUUUGCUUGAGAACAAGUCCUUCAUGUUUCUUGACAAGUAACAACUGUCACCAGCCAUCUGUCUGUGAAGCCAACACUGAACAAAAACUGAGAAAUUUCUAUUGACACAGGAGUCUGUCCACAGAAAAAAACCUCUUUCUUUUUUUGACUUACGACAUUAAAGCAUUGGAAAUUAUGGGACUGCAUUCUCUGUUAAAGAAACCAGGGUGUGUCAGUAGCUUUCCUGAAGACUCCAUCAGGGACGGUCAGUUUUACAGAAGCAAAGGUUAAGUGUGUUUUAAAGAGAAACAAUUCAAACUUAAACAACUUUGCACUGUAAUCAUCAGUUUAAUCUGGCACAGAGGGCAGAAACAGCAGCAUCAACAGAGCACUCAAGUUUUACAGGAAGAUUUUGCAUUAAGAAAACAAAACAAAUCAGUGAGAGCAUAAUGCCAUUCAACAUGACACUUUGUGACCACCUCAUCCAUGCUGCUUACUGGGGGUCACAUUUCGACAUCUAGCAAAAAUUACUCUUAACUUUCAAAGCCCGUAUGAAACUGUUGGCUAAGUGGAAUGAGCAGUGUGGGCAGCAGAUGCACACAAUAUGAAAUGCAAUUAUUUAAUUUAAUGAUGUGUUUUUCCACAGGCAACUUGGGAGACUAUUAGAGAAGUGUGUGUGUGCACAUGUGUGCGUAUGCGGAAGGGGGCUGCUAGGGAGACCCAUUGGACGCAUUCAGCAGUGAUUAAUGGUUCAAUCCAGAUUGUUUCAUUUAGGUCACAACAGCAAAUAUAAGCUCGGCAGAACCAUUUACCCCCUUCCCUCAUGCAGUAUAGUGAAAGGUGUAGCCAGAAGGGUAUGCUUAUUGCAGAUGUGGGCCAUUAUUAAAAUGAAAAAGGAAAACUUUGAAUUUAUUAUUCAGUACAAGCUUCUGCCAGAAGGAAAUGUGGACGAAUAGAAGAACUGAAAUGCCAAAGAUCAGUUUGUUAUUUCUCUGUUUGCUCUAGCUGCAAAGAGAGCCCCAUCUCUUCAUUGAAAUGGAAACCAGAUUAAAGAAAUAAAAGAAAAAUCGUUAUCAAA